AUGGAUGUAACCAUCAAGGUGGAGAAGCUGACCAUAGCGCAAGCUCAAUAUGCGUUUCGCGGUGGUGCUUACACCGCGCACGAUCUGACGGUUGCCUAUCUCGAACGCAUACAGCGCUUGGACAAAUCCGGGCCAAAGAUCGAUGCAACUCUCGCAAUUUCUCAGACUACACUGCAAGAUGCCACAAAACUCGACCAGUGUCUUGCCAAGACAGUUGGUCUGAUAGGCCGUCUUCAUGGCAUCCCGAUCUUGACCAAGGACCAGGCCGAUACUGCAAGCAUGGAAAGAAUGUAUGGUUCCGGAGCUUGCAAAGGCAAUGUCCCGACUGAGGAUGCGUCUUUGGUCAAGAAUGUCAAGGCAGAGGGGGCAGUGAUCUUGGGCAAAACCACCAUGUCAGAAUGGGCAAUCGCAGCGCAUUUUGCACUCCUUGCGGUGGCUGAGGACACUGGACCUAGCAUCAGAUGUCCAGCUAGCUUCAUAAAUCUUGUUGGACUUAGGCCGACUCCAGGCUUGGUCAGUCGUUCUGGCUUUUGUCCUCUCGUCAAAGUCCAAGACACAUCCGGUGCAGUGGCACGGACUGUUCGAGAUUGUGCACUGUUCAUGGACUGUAUGGUCGGCUUCGAUCCUACUGGACAGUUUAUCGGGGUCGCUCGCAUGGUGGAGAGUCUUGGGCUACCGAAAAGAGGCAGCUACACAGCGACUCUGGAUGGUGGGCUGACUGGAAUUCGAAAGGCGAGGGUUGGCGUUAUGCGACAGCUUUUCGGAACCGUCUCUGAGCCAUAUUGUCAAGCUGUGAACAGAGUAAUCAAUGAGGCUUUUUCUACUCUGAAUAGCAACGAACGGAAAUCAACAGCUUUCUUGCUACAAAACCACACCUGCCACAAGACGUCGCUAAGAUUUUGCCGAAGCAAACGACUCAAGAGUUCCCUCGGCUUCACGAGCCAAGUGGCCCAUGGCCCUUUGAACCCUGCUGAUGACCCUGACUACCUACCAUUGAUUCUUGAUCGUGUUGACUUCAAGAGAAGACUUGUCUAUCUACUGGCUUCGAUGGACCUCAAUGCUUUGGCUUUCCCUGACGUCCAAAUACCUCCGCCCAAGCACGAAGACACGACAAAUGGUCGAUUAACUUCUUACUGGGACUUCCCCGUCAACACCCUGCUAGCUAGUCAGGCUCGUCUUCCUGCCAUCACUGUCCCUGCAGGUUUCAUUGAGGAUGGUUUGUCUGUCGGAUUGGAGCUAGUCGGCUGGGAGUACCAUGAACAAGCUCUACUCGAGCUCGCACAGGGCAAUGAGCUGACCAUUGGAGCUCGAAGGUCGCCGCCGAGUCUUACAUGA